AUGGAACCAUUUAGGGAUCCAAGUGAACUAGAACAAUAUAGGAGGAAACUGGCUUACACAAAUGCAUUGGUUAAUAGGGCAGGAGGAGAUUUCAAUGUGAUUCUGAGGGAAGAAGAGAAACUGGGAGGGUUAGCUUUUACUCAAUUUGAAGCAGCUGACUUUGCUCAUUGUAUAAACAACUGUGGUUUGUCAGAACUAAAAUUCUCAGGAAGUUUGUUCACAUGGUGGAAUGGAAGAGUAGAGGAGGAAUGUAUAUUCAAGAGAUUGGAUAGGGUCCUAGUUAAUAAAAAAUUCCAAGACUUGUAUCCGUCUAGUGAAGUUCAUCAUCUUGUGAGACAGGGAUCAGAUCAUGCCCCAUUACAAAUGCGAUGUAGUACUACUGAGGAAUCACAUAUCAGGCCUUUCAGAUUCCUACACUUCUGGACUAAACAUAGAGGCUUUGAGGAGGUGGUUCAACAACACUGGAAGUCGGAUAGACUUGGGAGCCCGUUUAUAGUAUUUCAAGACAAGUUGAAGAACACUAAGAUAGCAUUAGCAAAAUGGAGUAAAAACACGUUUGGUGAUAUCUUCCAAAAGAUAGCCACUUUGGAGGAUAUAAUCAAGGCAAAAGAAGUGCAGUUUGAACUUCAACCAACUCCUUUUAACAGAAGUGAAUUGAGCAAGGCCGAAGCAGAAUUGAGGAAAUAUCUAGUAGUGGAAGAGGAGUACUGGAAACAAAAGGCUGGCAUGAAAUGGUUUAAGGAAGGGGAUAGAAAUACAAAGUUCUUUCACUCUUAUGUAAGAGGGAGAAGAAAGAAGCUACAUCUAGACCGCAUUACAGACAUUAGAGGGACUGAAGUUUCUGAUCAGAUUAAAAUGGGCGAUGCAGCAGUUGAGUUUUAUCAAGACCAAUUCACAGAAGAGGGCAACAAUCAGGAGUAUGACAUGCUACAAAAUAUCCCAAAGUUAGUUACAGAUGAGCAGAACGAGGAGAUGACUAAGCUUCCAAGUAUUGAGGAAGUUAAAAAAGUGGUCUUUACCUUGAAUGGAGACAGUGUGAGUGGACUGGAUGGAUUCACUGGUAGAUUCUUUCAACACUGUUGGGAUAUAAUAGGAGAGGACUUGACAAGAUUAGUCAAAGCGUUCUUUUGUGGACAGGAGUUGCCCAAAUUCAUUACACAUACUAAUCUUGUGUUGAUCCCCAAAAAGGAGUUUGUGCAGGAAUUCAAAGACUUAAGGCCUAUCAGUUUGAGCAAUUUUACAAACAAGGUGAUUUCCAGAGUGCUGCAUGAAAGGAUAGUUAGAGUGCUGCCUAAUAUUAUCUCACCCAAUCAAUCAGGAUUUGUGAAAGGAAGAAGCAUAACAGAAAAUGUAUUAUUAGCACAAGAAAUAAUACGGGAUAUACACCUACGAAAUAAAGAGGUCAAUGUAGUGGUAAAGUUGGAUAUGGCUAAAGAAUAUGAUAGAGUGGCUUGGGUAUUCUUAACCAAAGUUCUACGAAAGUUUGGUUUCUCAGAAGUGAUAAUUGAUAUGGUUUGGAGGCUGAUUUCUGCUAAUUGGGGACAAACAUUCAGUGAUCCAAAUGAUGAAGUCAGGUUGCGAAAGCUGACUGGAAUUAGGCCUGGUAACUUUCCAUUCACAUAUCUAGGUUGUCCUAUUUACUAUGGAAGAAAGAAAAAAUGCUAUUUUGAAGGGUUACUCAAGAAAGUUGUUGCCAGAAUUUUCUCAUGGCAAAACAAAUUCUUGUCAUUUGGUGGAAAAUACAUUUUGAUAAAUCAUGUACUGCAGUCCUUACCAAUUUAUAUGCUAUCAACACUGUCCCCACCAAAAGGUAUUAUAGAUCAAAUUCAUCAGAUGUCUGCUAAGUUCUUUUGGGGUAACUAUGCUGGAAACUCAGAAAUCAUUGUGGAGCACAUUCAUGUGGAACAAAUACUGCAAAAAAAUCACCCCAUAUUGGCUCAUAACAGGGGUGCAUCACAUGCAUGGAGAAAUAUGGUACGAGUUAGGGAGAAUGUAGAACACGAAAUAUGGUGGCAACAGAAAGAAGGUACUGCCAGCUUUUGGAUGGAUAACUGGACAAAACAAGGUGCUCUUUAUUACAUAGAACCACAAGGAGUAGAUGAGGAAAUGGAGGUUAAAGAGAUGAUCUUGAAUGGGCAAUGGAAUAUAGCAAGACUCCGUCAACUAUUGUCCCAUGAUAUGGUAGAUUGUAUACUGGAAAACAUCAGUCCCACCAUGAAUAUGGAUGAUCAAGAUAAAGCUUGGUGGAUGGGAAAUGCUCAAGGAGAGUUCACUAUUAAAUCAGCUUUUGAGUUAACUCGGAAGAAAAAAGAAGAGAAAGAAUGGAUGAAUAAUAUAUGGCUCAAGGGGCUACCUCUUAAAAUCUCGUUCUUUUUUUGGAGGGUCUGGAGACAAAGAAUCCCCACAGAUGAUGUUCUCAAAAGAAUGAGAGUAAAUGUGGUAUCAAAAUGUCAUUGUUGUAAUGUGGGCGAGGAGGAAACUAUACAACACCUUUUUCUAACAGCUCUCAUAGCCCAAAAGCUAUGGAAGCACUUUGCUUCAUGUGCAGGUAUUAGCUUAGAAGGAGUUCAUUUGCAACAACUUAUUACAAUCUGGUGGGACUGGCCAGGACAACACAAGGUGAAGCAAAUAUUUAAGGCAAUACCACAAAUUAUUAUGUGGGAGCUAUGGAAGAGGAGAAAUGCUCGAAAACAUGGGAAAGAGAUGUCAUAUUCGAGGUUGCUGGGACAAUGUCUACACACUGUCCAAAUGCUACUGAAAGUGAUGUACCCAAAGUUAUGUGAAGGCUUUCAGAACUGGCAGGAAAUGAUUACAAAACUAAGCGCAUAUAAACCAACUUUGUACUAUAGAUUAGUGUAUUGGGAGAAGCCAAUCCCAGAGUGGGUGAAAUGCAAUACAGAUGGUGCUUGUAGGGGAAAUCCUGGACAGAGUUCAUAUGGAUUCAGCAUUAGAAACAACAUGGGGGAUUUAAUUUACGCUGAGGCACAAACUAUAGGAGAGGCAACAAAUAUGGAAGCCGAGAUUAUGGGAGUGUUGAAAGCAAUGCGAUCGAAGUUCUGUCUUCUAAGAGACGAUCUAGCUAUGUCAAAGCCUAUUAGCCUUGAGCUAUUUCAGAUUACAAAUAAGGACAAGGAAAAAGGGGGACCUCAAUUCGAUUCAUCCACUGGAGCUCGAUACAGCAGGACAGAAGGAGCGUCAUGGUUAAGUCCCAACAAAAAAGUUCUUGAAAUCCAAACAUCAUCACCGGAUUCUCAUCGCAGCAGUGGGGAGUGGCGAUAUUUGGGAAUGAAGUCAACAGGAGAGUACCUUUGCAAGCUGAUAAAACUCCUUCUUUCCCAUGAAUGA